AUGGCGGGAGUGCCUGUGGAUAGGAAUUUCUUGUGGACCAUGUUCUCCAGGUGAGUGCUAAUGAAAGAGAUGUUGUUCACUCCAAAAUUAAGGCUAGAUGCAUUUGUCCAACGUUGAUUUUUUACACUUUUCUCGGGGGCGAAAAGAAACCGAACCGAUAAUAUUCUUGAUAUGCAUAGCUAAGCCUAUUAAAAAUUACUAGCAUAAUUGUUUCAGCGUUGUUAUUAACAAAUUAAGAAGAGAUAAAUGGCUUAUUUAACUUAUCUAUCAAUGGUAAGCCCAAUUUUAUCCCGUGUUCGAAUAGAGGAAAGUGAUUAGUAGAGUGUGGAGUUGUAUGUUAUGUGCACGUUAUGCGUGGACUCGCCGCCAGAGUCGCCGCCAGAAGUUAAUUGUCUCUGUUGCUCCUCAGUGCAAUGAAUUGACUUCUUGUUUUAGUGUCAUGCUGGAAUGACAGCAAAGCUUUGGUGAUGAUUUUAUUUCAUCAGUUAUGAAUUUAUUUUGAACUUUUCUGUUUUGUAGAAUUGAUACAGAUCGAAGUGGUUCUAUUUCAGCCGAUGAACUUCAACAAGCUCUUUCAAAUGGUAAUCAAGAACGUCAGCAAGGGUUAUAAUGAAGAACAGCUCCCUUCCUCCAGAUAACUGUCAAGUGUUGACCAAUAGAUCACUUGCAGGCUGGCUAAAUGUCACUAUCUGUUAGCUAUCUGUCCGCUGACUGUUUUCUGUGGAUGAUUUUGUCAAAUCCUGGUUGCUAACAAAUUACAUAACAAUUGCUGAAUAACUGGAUAACAGUUGGUUUACAAACACCCUAUUGCUGGAAAACAAACAACUACCAGUUUACUCACAAAGAAAUGGCUGCCUUUUUUGGACCUUUUCUUCAAGAGCAUUUGCAGGAGAAAUUUUUUGAACACUAUGCACAUUGUAUCUGUCUCCCAAUUCAUGACUUCUCUCUCACAGCCCAAACUCUUAAAACUUUUUCUUGAAGCCACAUGGAAGAAGAUUUCAAAUGGGUGUUCAAAGUGGUCCAGAAUGAACGUUUUCACUUCCAAGAGUGACCAAAAAUAAAAAUCUCUCCCCACGAUAUCAUACUGUUACCAGUAAAGAGGUGAUUAAGAGAAAGGAAAACGUAAUUUUGGGGAUAUCGUUUGAUUUGACACCAAAUUCUCUUAGCCAAAAUUCUAAGAAAUGACUGGAGCAUAGUAUAGAGAAUUAUUGUUAUUUUGAUCUUGGGGGUGAAAGGGUUUAUUGGUUUUGAAUUACUUUGCCCUAUGAUUUGUCUAAAAGAAGCUUGCACUUCCCUUCUAAAUAGUCAACUUGCUCACUCUCCUUGUCCUUUCCAUUAAAUGGUGUACAUUUGUUUUCUCUUUGUAUUAUAGUUACUCUUUUGUAGAGUAAUUUAAUUUCCAUUCUUUUCUAGGAGCCUGGACACCAUUCAAUCCAGAGACAGUGCGCCUUAUGAUUGGUAUAUACUGAUUUUCUAUAAUUCCACAAUGAUUUUGGUGUGAAAGUAAUUAUUACAAAGGUGCUGUUGGCAAAGAAAUAUUCUGGAAAGAAAUGAGCAGCAGGGUCAAAGAAAGUUUGGAAAGUGUUCUUUAACCCCUCUAGCUCCCAAGAUCUCUUUAGUAAUUCUCCUUACUCUCUGCUGCACAAUUCUUAUGAUGUUAGUUCAAGAAUUUAGAAUUUGAACAACUAAUAAUCCCCUUAUUGAUAUUUUACUUUAUUCUCAUCUUUUGUCUGCUUGAUAUUGUGCUGAUAUUGUAAGGAGAAAUUCUAUCUUGGUCACCCAUUAGAGUUAAAAGGUUACUUUAUUUUUCUGAUAGGUAUGUUUGAUCAUGACAACUCAGGGGCAAUAGAGUUCAAUGAGUUCCAAGCAUUGUGGCAGUAUGUAACAGACUGGCAAAGAACAUUUAGAAGUUAUGAUCAAGACAACUCUGGAACCAUUGACAGGGAAGAACUCAAGACAGGUAAAGUUACCCUGCCCAAUAACUUAGAGUGUAAAUAAGAACAUGAUCUCAACAGUAUACUAGGGAUUUAAUUUUUAUACUUACAUUUCUCUGAACAAUUUUGAUUGUCUUAUCAGUAAACUGUCAGAAGCCACUUUUCUCAAAACAGUUGGUUUAUAUAUGGUUGCAGUUUGCAUGCAAUCACUGCAGGAAAUUUCAUAUGUUUUGUUAUGAAGUAGUUUACCUUUACAAAUUCAGUAUUUACAAGAAUUAUGAGGGAAUUUUCUCUGAAAAGUUCCCCUUAAAUUUUUGAGAGAAUUGAACUUUCUCUUAAGAUUUUUUAACUUUCUCUCAAAUUUUCAGGGUUCAUUAAUGUCCCUAGCGAAAUAUUCCCCAAAAGUUUUAACAGAUCCAAAUAAUAGCUACUUUGAAAAUUUGCAAAGAUGUUGGUAAAAUUUUGGUUUGGCCAAAAUUUUUUCAGAAAGCUUUGAAAUUGGUGGACAGACGUUUGAAUUGCUUUAAUUUGCACAAUUCUGCUGUUAUACAGUUAUUUGUAGUGAAUUGCUUACUACUUUGUUGAAUGAUGUAAAACACAUUUCUUUUUCUUUUUUACACAGCUCUUACAAACUUUGGUGAGUUUUGCAAUUCACUACUUAGAACAUCAUUAUGGUAUUUCAAACAUAAGCCUUUGUUGGUUGAAAUUGAUGCUACUAGAAAUUACAGCCCACAUGCACAAUUAGUGAUGAGUGAUCAUUUUUAUUUUUUCGUUUUUUAACAGGGUACAGAUUGUCUGAGAGAAUGUACACUAUUCUUAUAACAAAGUUUGAUCGCUGUGACAGAGGCUCAAUCAACUUUGAUGAUUUCAUCCAGUGUUGUCUGAUAUUACAGGUAUUCAAUAAAGUUGUUAUUAAAUCUGUCAUGAAUAUGGAACAAAGAAAAAUUCUGAGCCCCUUGUACAGAAUUGAACCCCAGAAGUUUGGGUUUUGGUUCCCAUAAUACAGUGCCACCGAGCUUCAGAAGACGUUUUGGCCAGCACUAUUUGUUUGAAGGACAGAUAACUCUAUCCACUGGAUAAAUCUCUUUCUGGUUGAUAGAUUUUCUUUGCACUUAUUUGCUUGAUAGCGAUAAAUCCUUUGAAUAGCAUUAUUCCCUUUCUGAACAAUCACACUAAAACCUUCAGAUUUUGUUGUCUGAUGCACCACAGAUAGCUACAGUAGUUUACUUGGUUUUUUAAUUUAUUGAUUUUAUUUGCCAUUUCCUCUCAGAUUCUGACAAAUUCCUUCAGAAGCCGUGACCGAAAUCUGAAUGGCUGGAUAACAAUAGGAUAUGAGGAUUUCUUAACAAUGGUGUUAAGCUUGAACCUAAAUUAGAUACUCUUUGAAAAGGUAACACAUGUUUAAACCACUUCAGAUUGUUUAUUAUUAAUAGUACUUACCAAGAAGGAUAGACCUUCAGGAACAAGAAUUGAGAGGUCAAUUCUUAACUUAGAUGAAUACACAUACAAUAGGGGACCUAGGAAUAAUGUUACAAUGAAACCAGAAAAAAACCCAAUCAAAGAAAAAUAUGAGAAAGGAUCUAACAGAAGAUUCCAUAAUUGAAGGAAAAAUUUAACAGAAAAUUUACCCAGCUUUAGAAUCAAUCUCCUCCCAACCCAAAGAUCCGAAUCUUCAGUCUUGUCAGUGUUCUUUAUACAUUGUACAUUAGGAACUUGAUUUCAAAUCAAACAACAUUUAUAAGUUGUUUUCCUUCUUCUAAACACCUUUGUCCAGGACGAUGUAUUGAUAUAUGGUGAAGAGAAAGUACUGCUUGGUCACUCCUAGAGGUGGACGGGUGGAGCUGAAAAAUUUUUAACAUUUCUGCUCCCACAGAUAAUUUUACAAUAAUGAGUAGAGUUUAAGAUUAUUAUCAUUUAGAAUAUAUCAUUUUGCCAACUGAAUAUUUCAGAUUGUAGUAAUAGAUAGUAUCAUGUCAAUUGUGACAGUUAAAUAAAUAUUAGUAGACUUGUAAGAUAUGCCCGGAAAAAAUUGUCAUGGAGCUGAAAAAUUCUUAUAACAUUUCUGCUCCCAUGGAUAAUUUUACAAUAAUGAGUAGAGUUUAAGAUUAUUAUAAUUUAGAAUAUAUCAUUUUGCUAACUGAAUAUUUCAGAUUGUUGUAAUAGAUAGUAUCAUGUCAAUGGUGACAGUUAAAUAAAUAUAAAUAGACUUGUAAGAUAUGCCUGGAAAAAAUUGUCGUUAAUUCUUCCAGUUACAUUUCCUGAAGUUACGGGGUCCUUGUAAGCUACUAUUUUAAUUGGUGUGUUGACAGGUUUACUUGAUGUAUCUACAUAGUUCCCAUUAUGCAUUAAGGUAAUAAGCAAAGUAGCUUUUUCUGCACCUCUCCUGGAACAAUGGCACUUGAUAUUUGAACUUUUAUGUCCAACACAAAGGAAAUUUUCCAAUAGUGAGGAGUAGAGUUGGGAAGAAUUAAAAAAAACAUUGUUACAAAGAUUGCUGGGGCACACUCUCUCCUAUAGAGAUUGGCAGGUCAAAUACAACCUGCCAAUCUCUGGCACCCAACCUUUUAUCGCCCUUUUAUUAAAACUGGUAACUAGGGGUCUAAGAAAAUAAAUGUGAUGGGUAAGAGAAAAUCAGUGAAAUGCAGUACAAUUACAGACUGAGGUCAAUCUUGAUGAAUGAAGACUUUUUCAAAUUCAUCACUUUUGUUUUCAAGGUUACACAAACCUUGACUUUUAACCCUUUAACUCCCAUGAGUGACCAAGACAGAAUUUCUCCUUACUAAAUCUAUACAAUAUUGUGCAGAGAAGUGAUGAGAAUUAAAAAAAAAUAUCAAUCAUGGGAUUACAAAUUGAUUUAAUACCACAUUCUCCAAACUAACAUAGUGAGAAUCAUUUGGCAGACAGUAAGGAGAAUUACUAAUAAGAUCUUGGGAGUUAAAGGGUGCAUUUGAUGCCAUUGAAACCCUUGGACCCUUAAGAAUUACUGGCGUCUUGUAUCUCCUUAUAAUAUCACCCCUGAAUCAAACAUUUAUAUCACAAGUGUAAAGGAAACGAUCACCAACUAAUUUAAUGGAAGAAAGGGGUAAGUUUCUAAAGAAACUGUGGUGCUGCGCCAAUCGCUCUGACAAAGGGCUAACACUCAAAACAUCAGCUUUUUUUACCCUUUGUGGUGGCUAAUUUACAUUUUCAACUCAGUUGUUAACACUAAAUUACCUUUAAUGGAAGCUCUAGAUUUUAAACAGCACCCCAGGAAAUGCAGAGAGAACAGUAUGGCAAAUAUGUAUUCCAAGGUAGAGAGUAAAAGGUCAAUGGCACUGGCUAUUUGUAACAGGCACAUAGAAGGUAACUAUGCAAGCAAGACAAAACCAACAAGUUUUUAUUAACAGCCUUGGUCAAAUUAAGGUGGACAUUUAUUUUUCCUGCCUCAUAAUUAAAACAUUUUGUAUCAAAGUGAU